AUGCUGACCUGCCGCCUCCAGUGCGCCCUCGCCCUGCUCGUCUCGGUCGCCCUGGCGCUGAGUACCGUGGCCGCCGCCCCCUCGGACCCGAGGCUCCGGCAAUUCCUGCAGAAGUCGCUGGCCGCAGCGGCGGGGAAACAGGUAAGGGACCCAGGAGUCCGAGGGAGGGUGGAGGGAGAGAAGGGCGUGGGGAGCAGAGCUAGAAGGAAACCGGAGCGUCUCUGAGCAGGUGCAGAAUCCCUUUUCCUUAUCACUACUUCUAAGCAGUAGCAGCUGCUGGAUCAGACCCUAGACCUGCUUCCCCUUAAUGUAGAGGUAGACUGCCGCUGUCCAUAGAGGUUCCACUCCUCAGUUCUAUAAAGAGUUAAUACGAACAGCAGAAGAUAUCCCAAAUGGGUGUUUGGCGAGAGGUUAUUUUAUUUUACUCAUUUAAUAAGAUUUUCUCCAAUGACAAACGAAAGUGUAAACCAUAAAGCACCUGAGCCUGGGAGGACAAAAGGACAAAGAUAUAGUGCAUUCAUUUAUUUUAUAAAACCUCAAAGCAGUUUACAAAGAGAAUAAAGCAAUAAAAUUAUCGGUCAAAUCAGUCAAAACAACUCUAAGAUAUUCAAAAGGUAAAACUGGCAAUGAAAUGAACUAAAAACUGACUUAAACAUGCAUUAGCUGUCUAAAUAUCUGGGUAGGUUUGUCCAGACAAAAAUGUUUUUUGCAGGUGGUUAAAAAAGUACAGUGCAGAUACCUGUCAAUAGGCAGGGAGUUGUAAAGUGUAGUGCUGCCACAGUAAACUACUGAUUUCUCACAAAUGCGGAAUGAAUGUGGCACCUGUAAUGGUGCCAGCUGCAAAGGAGCAAUCAAGUAUUGACUCAUGCGAAGAUUCCCUUUACCAAUAACAAACAAACAAACAAAAUCAAGGUAUUCUCUACCUCUGAGUCCCGUCGUUAUUGAGAAUAGAGGUUCUGUGAAAUCUGGUAUGAGCCAGACAUUUGCACCUACAUUUGCCCUGAGAUGCAAGGAAUCAUGCCAUAUAGAAGAUAUAUACUGAGCUCAGUCCCUCUCUCUCUCUUCCUCAAAGGAAUUGGCCAAGUAUUUCCUGGCAGAAUUGCUCUCAGAACCAAGCCAGACGGACAACGAGGCCCUGGAAUCAGACGAUUUGUCCCGUGGAGGCGAGCAGGAUGAGGUGAGGCUGGAGCUGGAGAGAUCGGCCAACUUGAACCCAGCUCUGGGACCCAGAGAGCGCAAAGCCGGUUGCAAUUAUUUCUUCUGGAAGACAUUCACAGCCUGUUAG